UUUUGGGGAGCAUUUGCUUCACUUCUUUCACAUGUGAAGCAUGGAUAAAACAUUUUCCCUCUACCCAAACCCUGCUGCUCAGUACAUCCUCUUGUUCUGUGGCGGAGGGAGACCUUGGUGCAUGAACAGGGCUUGUUGCUAAUGGCCCUGUUUACAACUCCAGAGGAGUUUAACUUGCUGGGGUUAAUGUUGCUUCUCACAUGUAAAUAAUGCCUUUCUUAACAGCUUGAUCGCUGGCUGGAGUACAAAUAACACAAUUAGAAGUGGCAUCAGCUCAUGGCUGUGGUCUCUAUUGUGCCUUCCCCUUGUCUCUCCCUGCAGUGCUGGAGGAGGUGCUGGUGUCCAUUGAGAAUGAGCUGCAAGCAGUGGAGAUGCAGAUCCAGGAGCUUGUGGAUAAGCAGCAGGAGCUCCUUCAGAAGAAGAUGAGAGUAAAGAAUCUGAUAAAACAGUCCUCAGGAGACGUGCAGGCAGGUGGAAGUAAAGACACUGAAACCUCAGCUGAGGAAUGGAACAAAAAAGAUUUUCCAUGGUAUGAGAAGAUAAAAACUGCACUGCAGAGCAAAUUUAAACUCCAGAAGUUUAGAUCACUGCAGCUUGAAACAGUAAAUGCUGCCAUGGCAGGGAAGGAUAUAUUCCUUGUCAUGCCCACAGGUGGUGGGAAGAGCCUUUGUUACCAGUUACCAGCUGUCUGUUCUGAUGGUUUCACACUGGUGAUAUGUCCUUUGAUAUCUCUCAUGGAAGAUCAGCUGAUGGUUUUGGAACAGCUUGGUAUCUCUGCAGCUUUGUUAAAUGCCUCAAGCAGCAAGGAACACGUGAAGUGGGUGCACACAGAAAUGCUGAAGAGGAAUUCCCAGCUAAAGCUCAUUUAUGUGACUCCAGAGAAGAUUGCAAAGAGCAAAAUGUUCAUGUCCAAGCUGGAGAAGGCUUACCAGGCUGGCUGCCUGGCUCGCAUCGCUGUGGAUGAGGUGCACUGCUGCAGUCAGUGGGGCCACGACUUCAGGCCUGACUACAAGUCUCUUGGUAUCCUGAAAAGACAGUUUCCCAAUACUCCCUUGAUUGGAUUGACAGCAACAGCUACCAAUCAUGUUUUAAAGGAUGCUCAGAGCAUUUUGCAUGUUCAGAAGUGCAUUACCUUUACUGCUUCCUUCAACAGGCCCAACCUUUACUAUGAGGUUCGGCAUAAGCCUUCAAAUAAUGAAGAUUUCAUAGAGGACAUAGUUAAGACCAUUAAUGGAAGAUACAAAGGACUGUCAGGAAUUGUUUACUGCUUUUCUCAGAAGGAUUCUGAGCAAGUUACUGUGAGUUUGCAGAAACUGGGAAUCAAGGCAGGGACUUACCAUGCAAACAUGGAUCCUAAAUAUAAAACCAAAGUUCAUAAAGGAUGGGCAACAAAUCAAAUCCAGGUGGUAGUGGCAACUGUUGCUUUUGGCAUGGGAAUUGAUAAACCUGAUGUGAGGUUUGUAAUCCAUCACUCUAUGAGCAAGUCCAUGGAGAACUAUUACCAAGAGAGUGGACGUGCAGGUAGAGAUGACCAAAAAGCUGACUGUAUUUUGUAUUAUGGGUUUGGAGAUAUAUUCAGAAUCAGCUCAAUGGUGGUGAUGGAAAAUGUUGGCCAAGAGAAGCUGUAUGAUAUGGUCUCUUAUUGCCAAAAUAUGAGCAAGUGUCGCCGGGUGCUCAUAGCUCACCACUUUGAUGAGGUGUGGGAUUCUGCCAACUGCAACAGAAUGUGUGAUAACUGCUGCAGAGAGAAUGCAUGUGAGAGGCUGGAUGUAACAGGAUACUGCAGGGAUCUAAUAAAGAUCCUUGAGCAAGCUGACAGCAUGAGUGAGAAACUCACCCCACUGAAAUUAAUCGAUGCCUGGUCUGGGAAAGGUGUGUCCAAAUUCAGGGUGCCUGAAGUUACUUCACCCAAGCACUCUCGGCAGGAGCUGGAGAGAAUUAUUGCUCAUUUUCUGCUGCAGCAGUAUCUGAAGGAGGAUUUCAGCUUCACAGCCUUUGCCACAAUAUCCUACCUGAAGGUGGGACCUAAAGCCCGGCUGCUGAAAAACGAGGGACAUGUCAUCACCAUGGAGGGGAUAACAAACAGCAAAAGUGGUUCCAAGGUGAAACCAUCUCAAUCUUUAAAUUCAAAAGGAAGCAGAGAAAAUGCCCAGGCUGGAUCAAAGACUGUCCAAGAUUCAGGGCUGAAGAAAUCACAGGAACAAAAACGGCCCAGCUGUAGUCCUAACUUAAAAGCAAAGAAGCCUAAGCUUCAGGCAGGUGCACAUGACCAACCAGUAGUUAUUGACUGAGCGUCACAGACUACAUUUAGGAUCUAAUCAUGGUUGCUGCUCCCUGGACAGUGCAAUAUAUUUUUAUACUCUA